CAGAAAACAGUGGAGAACAACAAAAUAUUAUAACAUCUGAAGAAAAAUUCACAAAGCUGAAACUUAUGUAUGCACAAAUUAGAGAUGAACAUAUCCACCUAUUACGACAGCAUGGAGAAACAAAUAAAAUAUUAAAUACGGAGCGCCAAAAUAACUCUUUACUUCAAAAUGAAUUAACGGAAAAUAAAGUGCUAAUUAGAGACAUGGAAUGUAAGUUAAAUGUUGUUGAAAAACUAAAGAAACAAAAUUCUCUUUUAGAGACUAAUAUUGCGGAUUCGAUAAAUAAAUAUGAUUCGCUUUUAAUCGAAAAUAAGAAAUUAAAAACAGAUCACUUGCAGCUAAAAAUAUUUCAGGAAUCAAAAUUAAGUGAUCAAAUCAAAGAAACAGAAAAUUUAAAAUUAACUUUAAAAGAUUUAAACGAAUCAUUCCUUAAAGAAUCCGAAGAACAAGAAAAAGAAAACACUGUUUUAAAAUCCCAAAUAAAUAGUAAAUUAGACGAAAUUAAAAAAAUUCAAGAAAAAUGUGAAUUUGAAGUAAAUCAUAAAGAAACUGAGCUUUUCAACAUUAAAAAAUCUCUUCAAAAUUGUAUUAUACAGUUAAAGGAAAAAGAACAGGAAUACAAGUCCUUGAUGAAUUAUAAAGAUUCAAUUGAAUUACGUUACAACAAUUUGAACUUGAGUAAUGAAGCUUGUAAGGAACGAGUUAUAAAAGCAGAAUCGGAACUUGAAAUUACUAAAUCGAAUAGGGAAACUGAUAACAAAAGGCAUAAAAUGAUGUUUAUGUCAUUAAUAAGUUCUAUAUUAGAAACAAACAGAUUUUUGUUAAACACUAAAUUUGAUGAGUCUUAUGAAGAACCAUUUAAUAAAUCCAUAGCUGCUUGUAAUGAAAUUAUAGAAACGUUGGAUAAAUUAGAUAAUAUAACUACACAGCACUGCAUAGAUGACAGCCAUUUGGGAGAAUUAGCAUUAAAAUAUACAUCAAUUGCUUGCAACAGUAUUGUACUACAUGAGAAAUGCAUUUUAAUAUCAAAAACUUCCACGGAUAUUUUACAUAUUGAAGGUAAUAUUGAAAUAAUUAAUUUGUUGUGUUUAUAA